AUGAAUAAAGAGAACAUUGAUCCAUCAAAUGAUACCUCAGACGUGUCAAACUUACCUUUAAAGCUGAUACAUACCAACACAACACAAGAAAUCAAAAAACCAUCAAGUAGUGGAAAUAUAGACCAACAUUUUCAAUUAAUCCAUGAGACGAAUUCAGAAAUUCAGCAGCAAUUAUUUCGGGUAGAAACUUCAACUGCUCAGACAAAUGUAGACCUAGAACAAUUAUACGUCAGAUCCAAAAGUAAUAAUGAAAAUUUGAACAAGUUACUAAAGAAUAUUGUUGAAUAUUCAAACGAAGUUAUCACUGAAGGAAAUGCAACAAAAUCUGAUAUGAGUUUGAUUAUUAAAGCUUUAGAAGAAAUCAAAUCUAGCCAUAAUGGAAUCAAAGACUCAGAUCUAAUCAAAAUUAAAGAUGAAAUACACCUGUUUCUAGAAGAAAGGGAAUUCAACGACAUGGAAACAAAGAUGGAAGUUGAAAAACUAUAUAAUUAUAUCAAAGAUAACGAACAUAAGACCUCAACCCAUCUACAGAAUGAACUUAAUAAUAUUUCAAAAGAUAAGGAUCACAGGCUUGACGAUUUAGUCGAUCAAGUAACCAAAUUAAAUCGAACUAUAGGUUUGGAGAACUCUACAAAAAACAUAGAACAACUACUUGAGACACUACUGAUGAACUUUGACAAUAAAUUAAACUCAAUUCUCAAACAACAAGAAGCAUUAGAAUUACAACAUAAAAUCGACACAUUAGAACAAAAAUACAACCUCCUCACAAUCAGAUAUAAUGAAAAAUUCAAUCAAUUCGUGAAUUUACAACAAAAAUUUGAAACAUUAUCGAAUCAAGUGAAACAAACACAAUUAUCAACCAUUCCAAUAACACAAAUUGAUAACCUCAAAAAAUUCCACAAGACUAAUCUACAAAUGAUUGAUGAAAAAAAUAUAAUGGUUUAUGAAAAACAAAGAAUAGUGAGUACUCCCAUAAAAUUUUCAAAUAAUUCAGAUGAUGAAAAUAAUAAUAAUGAUGAUAAUGAACUAUAA